AUGUCUGUCAGUCUGAGUCUCAGCUCGAGCAUUGUGGCGUCGUCUGCUGUUCCUGCAGCGACGCCCGUCAGCAGCGGCUCCAUCGCCGCAAACAUCCUGGUGAUUGCGCGCGACACUGCCUCUGCAGGCGUGGCAUCAUCUGGUCUCAAUGCCUAUGGCAUUCCCUUCACUACUCUGGUCGUGCCCCAGUCUGGCGCCAGCCUGCCCGCCCUGAACGGCACCGAAGGUGGCAACUUCGCCGGUAUUGUGGUUGCCAGUGAAGUCAGCUACAACUACGGCAAUGCCACAGGGUACCAGAGUGCUCUCACCACGGACCAAUGGAACCAGCUAUAUGCCUACCAGCUGGCUUACGGUGUGCGCAUGGUGCAGUACGACGUGUAUCCGGGCCCUAGUUACGGCGCCAGCGCUGUCGGCGACGGCUGCUGUGCAACCGGGGUCGAACAAUUGAUGUCGUUCAGUGACAUCAGCGACUUCCCCACGUCUGGCCUGAAGACUGGCGCUGGUGUGAGUACCAGUGGCCUCUGGCACUAUCCUGCCACCGUAUCCAACACCACCUCCACCAAAGAAAUCGCUCGUUUUGCCGCCAAUUCCGACUCGGGCAGCGAGACCACUGCUGCCGUGAUCAACAACUUCGAUGGCCGUGAGCAAAUGGCCUUCUUCAUCUCCUUCGACACCACUUGGAGCGCCACCUCCACCUACCUGCAGCACGCAUGGAUCACCUGGCUCACCCGCGGCCUGUACGCGGGUUACCGCCGCGUGAACCUGAACACUCAGAUCGACGACAUGUUCCUGGAAACCGACAUCUACAAGCCCAACGGCACCACCUUCCGCAUCACGCCGGCUGACCUGGACGGCAUUGCUAACUGGCUGCCGGAAAUCAAUGGCAAAAUGAACGCCGGCAGCAACUACUACGUCGAAGUCGGCCACAACGGCAACGGCAACAUCGAAUCCGCCGCCGGCGUCUCCGACGAGGGCUACACCACUUGCAACGAGGGCGGCAUCGAGUACGACUCGCCUGCCGACACUCCCCUGGAAUGGAAGAAGCCCGUGGGGACCGGCACCAACCUUUGGCCCUCCUCUCCCACCACCUACGACUGGUCCGUUGCCUGCACGCAACUCGACCCUCUCCUCCUCUGGUGGACCAACACUACCAACCAGGACAAGUUCGGCCACAUCUCCCACACCUUUACCCACGAAGAGCAAAACAAUGCCACCUACUCCGAUGUCUACAAGGAAAUCUCCUUCAACCAGGCCUGGCUGAAACAAGUCGGCAUCUCCUCCGCCAAGCACUUCACUUCUAACGGUAUCAUCCCUCCCGCCAUCACGGGCCUGCACAACGGCGAUGCCCUGCGUGCCUGGUGGGAAAACGGAAUCACUAACUGCGUCGGUGACAACACGCGCCCUGCCCUCCUGAACCAGCAGAACGACAUGUGGCCCUACUGGACCAAUGAAGCCUCUGACGGUUUCGACGGUAUGCAGGUCAACCCGCGCUUCGCCACCCGCAUCUACUACAACUGCGAUACCCCAGACUGCACACUGCAGGAAUGGAUCGACACCUCCGCUGGAUCCGGUGACUUUGAUAACUUGCUCGCUACGGAGAAGGGCGAAGUCAUGCGUCACCUGUUCGGUCUGCACCAUGACCCGUACAUGUUCCAUCAGGCCAAUCUGCGUAAUGCCGAUGUGGACACCAUCACAGUCAACGGCGUCUCGGCCAAGUACUCCAUCUUCCAAGCGUGGGUGGAGACCCAGGUGCAGGAGUUUGUGCGCUUGGUCGACUGGCCCCUUGUUACCAUCAACCAUGAAGCUAUGUCCGCUUCCUUCCUGGCCCGCUACACCCGCGACGCCUGCAAUUACUCCCUGCGCUACACCAUCUCCGAUCACAAGAUCACGGGCGCCACUCUCUCUGCGACGGAUAAUACCUGCAAUGCUACCAUCCCUGUCACUUUCCCCGUGGCACCGACCAACACGCAGAGCUUCACGACCGAGCAGGUCGGAAGUGACCCGUUGACGGUGUGGGUGCAGCUGUCGGGAUCGCCGGUCAGCUUUACGCUGUCGACGCCGAUUGCGCUGUAA